AGAUUACUGUUCAUCGCUAAUCUCUAGUUUUCGCCACCGCUGAUGUCUUGUUCUUCUCUUACUGAGUUUUGAUAAUUCGUCGACGAUCAAAUUUCUCAAGAUCUGAUAAACGAUUUUCUCUGAAUCUUCGAUAAGGUACCAUUUUUGAAUCAGGACAUGGCAACAUUGGCACCAGUUCAUGCUGUUUCUGUUCUGCAUUCUCGGAAGAGGGGAGGCUGCAACGGAGUUCCUUUACCAUAUCUGAUCCGACCUCGUAGGAAAAUUCCCCCUGUUGAUACGUUUGAUUUCUACAACGAUUCUGAUGAUGAGAGUGGUGAAGGUGAUAAAGGUCAUUCAGAUGACGAAUAUGUAGUCGUAGACAAAGCUGAAGCUAUUAUGCCCAAUGUUAAAACAGAGAAACCAGGAGCUAUUCAAAUGAUGGAACUCUCAAAAGAUGCAGUCGGUGAUGAUGAGUCUAAAGCCAAAGAUGCUGGAUACAGCAGUGAUGAGUGGUUUGUUGUGUAACUAGGAGGUGCAAUCAAAAUUUGCAGGGUUUGAAGUUUGGGGUUUUAGGGCAAUGGAUUUAGUUUUAUUUCUGCUGUCUCUUUGAAAUAUUUGAAUAUUUCAUUCUUAGCCGCGACAUUAUUGUGAAGCUUUUAUCAGUACAUAUGAUAAGAUGGGUUUCCUUUGAAUAUCAACUGUUUUAAUCCU